UAAACGCAACUUCUCAUCCCGGAACCUUCUCGAAAGGAAACCUGCUUCGACGCUUCUCGUGCUUUCUUCCCCUGUUUGCGAUUUCUACAAGGCAUUUACGUUCUCCCUUCUCCUGAAAACUAGAUGGUCGCUCUGCCGCUGGCAAUAGAACCCCCGGCGACGGUGGAAGCGCAGAGAUCGAUGCCUACGCCCUUCUUGGCGAAGACGUAUCAGCUUGUUGACGACCCGACGAUCGAUGAUGUGAUCUCAUGGAACGAUGACGGAUCGACGUUCGUCGUAUGGAAGCCAGUUGAGUUUGCACGCGAUCUGCUUCCCAAAUACUUCAAGCACAAUAACUUCUCAAGUUUCGUCCGGCAGCUGAAUACCUAUGGCUUUAAGAAGAUUGUCCCGGAUCGAUGGGAGUUCUCGAAUGAUUCAUUCAAGAGAGGAAAGAAGUGGCUGCUCUGCGAGAUUAACCGGCGGAAGAUGGCCACACCGGUGGUAUCGGCGGUAGCGCUAGAGGCGGCUCCGGUGAACAG